GAGUGCAAAGUGAAGAAAAAUAGGAUGCGAUAGUCGGAGUGGGCCGGGCCGGCAUUGACGAUUAUCCUGCUGCUAUAAAUUGGUGUGCGAAUCGCGCCUCUCUUACAUUUCACUCAUUGCUGUGCCGGCUAAUCCUUAGCCGUUGUUUUUUGUGCGGGAGUCACUCAACAUCAUCAUGAAAAGCAAGAUCCUCAUCCUUUGUGCCCUCGUCUACCUGGGAUCCUGUCAGGAGGACGAAGAUGACGGCUCUUACAAUCCAGACAAAUACGAGAAACCAUACGAGAACUUUGUGGACGAGACUUCUGCGGAAGAAGCAGGCUCACCCGCUGCUCCAACUCCAAACGCAUUUGCGCCGACGCAGCAGUUUGCACCUCAACUCCAACAGACUCAGCGCUUCCAGCAGCCUCAACAGUUCCAGCAGCCUCAGCAAUUCCAGUUGCCUCAACAGUUCCAGCAGCAAUUACAACAGGCUCAGCCAGCUCAAUUCCAGCAGCAGUUACAACAGACUCAGCCAGCUCAAUUCCAACAGCCUCAAGAUUUCCCCCAGCAAGUAUCACCCAUCCAGCUUCAACAAAAUGAUGUUCAGCCUCAAUCUUUCCCUCAGCCAUCAAGACAGCCAUUCAACCCAUUCCCAAACAACCCAUUUUUCCAGCGGUUGGCAGCUCAACAAGCCCCAGUUCAGCCUCAACCUCAGCAGCCAGCUUUCCAACAGCCAACUAGUUUCCUUGGACCACAGCAGGCUGCAUUCAGGCAACCAGCUCCUCCCCAACUGCAGAUCGCUCCUCAAGGCCAAGUUCAGACCUCAACCAACUACAGAACCAACGACGGCCAUCAAAGAUCUGAGUCUGUUGACGCCAACGGUAAUGUCCUCGGAGAGUACAGCUACGUCGACCCUAACGGCAAAACCAUCACUGUCAAAUACUCAGCUGGCAAAGACGGAUUCAUGGUUCAGGGUGACCACAUUCCGAAGUCCCCCGAGGCUCAACCUCAACUGCAGACACAACCUCAACCAGCCUUUAGACCUCAGCAACCUCAGCUGUUCCAAACUCCCUCUCAGUUCUUCCAGAACUCUCCCGCCAGUCGCGAUCAGCUUCAAGUGAGAAACGCCGUUCAGGUGCCAUUCACACAGGAACUACCUUUCAACAAUGCCGGAAACUUCAAUCUUCAAAUGGGAUUCCAGUAAAAAUCCAAUUGAAUUCAUUUACGUCUCAAAAAAUUCAAACACUGAAACAAAAUUAUUUCCCAUUUUUACAAAGAACUGAAAAUUCACAGUGAAUUACUAUUUACUCUAUAAAGAAACUAUAUGAAACUAUCAGAAAACUCAAUUCUUGUGCUCUAAUCACAAAAUAAUAAGGCUCUUAUCUUAUCAAUAAUCUUGAAGGACUAAUUGAUGACUAUUUGAUGAUACCUAUUUGUUGAUUUCCUGAUCAAUCUGUAUUUACAACGAAAAAUUGUGGCAUAACCAUUGUGAGAGCUUAUCGAAAUGUCGAUAAUGUAUGUAUGAGAUGUGAUUAAUUUAUUAUAUCAUAGUUUUUAAGUCA